UUAAAUUAACAAAUGUGUGUAAGACUGUACAUUUUAUCACAUGACAGUAUCGGGUGUGAACUUUAAUAAAAAAACGAAAUAAAAACCAUCAAAGUGUUUUAAAUAAAAACCUUUAAGGUUGAUUUGUCAGACAGUGGCUGCAUUGAUAUUGUACCACUUUUUAAGUUGAUAAUAUUGUUUUAUAUAUUAUUUAUCAACAAUGAGGAACGCAGUUGGUCUUGCCUUUCUUGGCACAUCUUCAACGAUUAUUUCAUUAAUAGUUUUAUAUCAUGUUUUGACUGGAAAAGGAGAGAGACUCAGUAUUGGCUGGUUUCUUGAAAGUACAUCACCCUAUAUGUGGGCAACAUUAGGCAUUAGUCUUGCUGUUGCACUAUCAGUUGUUGGUGCAGCUCUUGGUAUAUAUACAACAGGUGUAUCAAUUGUUGGUGGUGGUGUUAAAGCACCACGUAUUAAAACAAAAAAUUUAAUAUCAGUUAUAUUUUGUGAAGCUGUUGCAAUUUAUGGCUUGAUAACUGCUAUUGUAUUAUCUGGCAUGCUUGAAGAAUUUUCAAAUGAUAAAAUUGCAGAUAAUUAUUCAAUUAAACAACAAAAUUGGCUUGGUGGUUAUAUCAUGUUUGGUGCUGGUUUUGCUGUUGGCUGUGUUAAUUUAUUCUGUGGUGUUGUUGUUGGAAUUGUUGGUUCUGGUGCAGCACUUGCUGAUGCAGCCAAUUCAGCUCUAUUUGUUAAAAUUUUAAUUGUUGAAAUAUUUGGAUCAGCUAUUGGUCUAUUUGGUCUUAUCAUUGGCAUUUACAUGACUUCUAAAAUCAAAAUGGGUGACAAGGUGUAAUUCAAUACAGCUAAUUCAAAUUAUUAAGUCAUCCAAUAAUCAAAUUUAUUGAUUACUCCAUAAUGAACCCAGUAAAAACUCAUAUGACUGGUUUUUUUUUUUUUUUUUUUUUCUUCAUUAAUUACCCAAACGCAACAUUGUUAAGUUAGAAAUAAAAUUACAAGAUUUCCAUGUUGCUCUUAAUGAAUUUACGUAUUAAUCUGUGUUAAUUUAAAAGAAAAAAAAAAAAAUCAUUGAUUGUUUGUUGUGUACAAUCGGUAUAUGUAAAAUGUAUAUACGCUCAGUUAAAUAUUCCCAGUAAAUCAUCAGCUUCAUUUAGAAAAAUUUUAUUCUUUAAAAUAUAUCAAUACAAAUUUUGAUCAUGUAACAGCAUACUUUUAGCGUUUAAAAUAUAAAAAACGAAAAAACAAACAAAUUAGACAACACUUAGUAUCUUA